ACAAUCGCACAAAGCGAAGCCAAUUCUCUGGAAGCUGCGCUGUGUGGCACUUUGCAACCGAGACGCCGGAGACCGGAGACGAUAGCUAAGGCACUGGCGCUGGCGCAGUCGAUGGCGACAUAAAACUUAACACAAAGCCUUACAAGCCGAUCAGUCGACAACAUUUCACUUUGGCCGUAGGAAGCAACCGAACCAAUCGCACCGACAGCAAUAGCGACAACAGCAACAAACAGCAACGGAAAUAUCAGCGCUGACAGCAACAAAUAUCGGAAAAGAAAUUUUUAUAGCAGACGCAAACGACAUUUUUACAGUUCGUGGAAGUUCGCGGCAUUAAACACACGCAAUUAAUUUAAGUGUUUGUGGAAAAAAAAAUCGCAAAAUUGCAAGUCGAGCGUUUAAUAAGCGUGUUGUGGGUGAAGUUAUUCGAUCGAAGACGGACAAUGAACAUGAAACGCUGCCAAAACGCGCUGCUGCACCUGUCGCUGUUACUCGGCGUUUUGGCGCUAGACUCCACGCUGGCCGCCUCCAUCUACACGCUGGACGACACAGCGCCCGUCAAACCAACCGAAGAGCCCGCCAAGUUUGUCGUCAUCACCGAGGAUGUCAUACCCGAUGUCGCGAAUACAACACAAAAAGUGAUACGCGUCAAUCCACUCGAUUUGCCAGCGCUGACGGAAGAUUCCAGUGGCAGCGAGGACUCAUCACUGUACAAGAUUCAGAGCUUACUGCCAGCAAAUCGCAACUACGUGAACUCGAAUCGCAUGCGUGGCAAGAAGAAGGAUAUCAAGGCUGCUACCGAGGCCAAGGUUGCGGAUUCGCCGAUCAUCCGUCAGUUUACCGAACCGAAAUUCCGUAAGCCGAGUCGCAAUCAAAAGAAGAAUCUGCAUUUUCUCUACAAUCAAGAGGCCUUGGAUGGGCAUAAAGUAAGCAAAACUAUGAAUGUACGUGUGGCACCUGGCGCAUACCCCGUUUACUAUGUGGUUUCGAAAACUAAUGGCCGCUUUGGUAAGUAUCCAAUUAAGGGUUUUCACACGCCAACCGAAUUUCUGAAAUAUUUGGCCAAAAGCAAAGUGACGCCAUUGGAGCAAGCGCAGCGUUUGGAGAGUUGAGUGGAGCGGAAAGUGUGGUAAACAUAGUUAGCAUAGCAGAAAUAUAACUAUAAUUAAGUCUAAGUAAGUAAGCGCUGUUAAAAAUAGAUGAUGAGUAUGGAUUGAAGCUUUCAUUAAAGUUUUUUUUUUUUAUUUUGGCAGUGCUAAAUUAUUACUCUUAUUUUUUUUUUAAUAGACACUAUCUAGUAUUUAAUUUUGUGGUGCAAUUUGUAUAAUUAAUUUUAGUUUAGUAUUAUUUAUGAUUUUAAAAAAUAGUGUUUAUAAAUAGUGGCUUAAUGUACUUAAAAAUCUAUUUAUGUAUGUUUACUAUGUAAUUUUAAAAAAUUCCAGUGUAAAAAGUCAAAUUAUAUUAAAAGAAAAAUAAAAACUUAAA